AUGAGUAGGUUUUUUUUUAAUACGUUAAACUCUUCGGGCCUUUUUCAAAAUUUUAAAUUUAAGAGUUCAUUUUUAAAUAAUGGAUAUUCAAUAGCAAGCAGAAAUGUAACAAUCAACGCUGGAAAUACUAUUUCAAAUAAUGGCUUAUACAAAAAUUAUAAUUUUCACAGAUUUUAUCACACCUCACCAUUUAUGUGUAAAACAAUUAAUACCCAAAACGUCAAUGCUAUUCUCAAGGACGAAAAAAGUUGCAUUAACAGUAAAUUAGGUGUUAGACAUGAUAGUGGUAUAGCAAGUUUAUCAGCAGCCAUUGCAUUGAUGUCAGUUGGAGGGGUUGCUCAAGGUAUUGGAAGUUUAUUUUCAGCUUUAGUUUUGGGUACUAGCAGAAAUCCAUCUAUAAAGGAUGAAUUAUUUACUUACACUUUAAUUGGGAUGGGUUUUUUGGAAUUUUUAGGUAUUAUUUGUGUUUUAAUGAGCGCAGUUUUGCUAUAUUCAUAA